AUCUACUCAAUCCUGUGCGUAAAAGAUAUUUUGGAGAGGCACUUGGAACUCCAAAAGUGGCGUUUUAAAUGAACGACAGCAUAAACUGAUCACAGAGGAAACCAUCGCAUUUAAAGACAACUGACGUGCACAUCGAUGCAAGAUCGAUGAUCUUUGACUGCUCUUUUAUGCCCGAAAAGAAGUUUUCUGCUCGACGAGAGCCUCGCACGGCCCUGCUCGACCAGCACCGGACAGCAGUCGCCAAACCUUCAGGUCAAAGAGUUUCAUACUUUCAGCAGAUUCUGGCGAUGCGUGCGUUCAGUAGUUGGAAAUAAAGCUGCUGCACAAGUCUGGUGUGGUUGGAAGGUGGGAGUGGAGAGUGUGUGCGCGCUCUCACUCAGUAGCCUCACCGGACCAGAGGAAGAGGAAACCCGGGAGAGGGGGGUGGGAGAGAAGCGGCGUUUCCAAGGAUGACUUUAGGGACGGAUAUGUCCGACAGCUCUGCGUUGUCCGAAGAUGUGGACAUCGAUGUGGUUGGGGGAGACAUAUCCGUCGGGAAGGACGGAAAGUACAUUCACCACGAGUUCAUCUUGGACAAUGACUCGGACGACAAUUACUCCCAGAACGCGGCCGAGAGGGUUUCCUCUCCCGGGCUCAGCAGCUCCGACUGCCCGCCAGAACAGAUGGGGUCCAGUGCAGAGGCAGGGUCCGUGAUUGGGGACAAACCAAGAAAAAGUGCACUUGUAAAGCCACCCUACUCCUACAUCGCCCUGAUCACUAUGGCUAUCCUGCAGAGCCCCAAGAAACGCCUAACUCUCAGUGAGAUCUGCGAGUUCAUCAGCAACAGAUUCCCCUACUACCGGGAGAAAUUCCCUGCGUGGCAAAACUCUAUUCGCCACAACCUUUCCUUAAACGACUGUUUCGUGAAAAUCCCAAGGGAGCCCGGCAACCCCGGAAAGGGCAACUACUGGACCCUGGACCCGGACUCAGCAGACAUGUUCGACAACGGGAGCUUCUUGCGCAGGAGGAAGCGCUUCAAGAGGCACCAAAGUAAUGAAAUCCUCAGGGACUCCGGUGGUUUUCUUCCCGGGUUUGGAUACGGCCCGUAUGGAUACAACUAUGGACUUCAGCUACAGAACUUCCACGCAGCCCACAACCCGUAUCACCCACAUCACACAGGCGGUUCAUUCCCGUUCCCUAAUGCCCCCUGCACCUUGCCCUCUUCAGCGUCCAUAUUCCCUGCACCGCAUCCCCUACCCUCCCUUUUAGGGACAGAUUUAAGAAAAUCCUUUUAUCCUCAACUAAGCCCGUCUCUGCCGCCUCUCAAGACGGACUCCAGCACCCCUAGUCGGCCUUCUUUCUCCAUUGACAAUAUCAUCGGAGCUGCCAACUCCACCGCCUCUUCAUACAGCGCGCAGCCGGGCAGCCAGGCUCAGAUCCUGGCCAUGUUGACCCCAGCCCUGGCCUCUGCUUCUAGUCAUUUGAACCUAUCACCGGACAGCAUAUUACAGCCUGGUCCACAGAGUCAAAGCUUUUCCAUCAAAACCCCGAAUAUGAACACUUGUACUUUCUAAAAAAAAGAGAAUGCCCGCUGAAAAUCUUUUAAUAAAAAGCCAAUUGUGGCGUCGUCCUAUGUGAAGGUAGGCUGAACAUUCUUGCUGAAAUAAGAGUGUUUUGGCUCUCCCCGUUUCUUACCAGUGUAGGAGGAGAGAAAGGUUUAUUUAUGGCUUGUAAAUAUGUGCAUAACAUUGAAAAACAAAAGCAAGAGAAACUCGGAGAAAACUCUUUUAAAACGAUGCUGGCCCUCAACCUGGCACAUGGCCUUCAUUUGUCAGUGGGAGAAGAGGGGAAGGUUAUUUUAACAUAAGUUAAAGGUGUCAGCCAUGGCUACGUGGAUGAUAUCCGAUUUUGUAAAAAAUAUAACUGAGAAUUUUA